AAAUGGCUGUCGCAAAACGAGAUAUCUAUCUAGUCAUUGGGGGUAGUGGCUUCCUUGGUCGCCAUAUAGUCAAUGCUCUCCUAGCGCGCGGUGACGCAGUUUCUGUGUUUGACAUCGUGCAGAGACACCAUGAUGUCCCGUUCUAUUCUGGCGACAUCAGUGAGGAGGGUCAAGUGUCGGAGGCUUUGCAGAAGAGCGGGGCAACAUGCAUCAUUCACACUGCAUCCCCACCACAUGGGAUGGACGACCCCGCGUUGUACUGGAAGGUUAACGUCGACGGGACAAAGGCUGUCAUAUCUGCUGCUGUUGCUAGUGGCGUGUCAAAGCUCGUGUACACGAGUUCCGCCGGUGUGGUCUUCAACGGGGACAAUCUCGUCGACAUAGAUGAACGACUUCCACCGCCCGCGAAGGCAAUGGACGCAUAUAACGAGUCAAAAUCUAAAGCAGAACAGAUGGUACUCGAAGCAAAUGGCAAGGGUGGCUUGUACACGGUCGCCCUGCGACCAGCUGGUCUCUUUGGGCCUGGCGACCGGCAAUUGAUUGCUGGGCUUUACGAGGUGUACGAGAACGGCCAGACGCAUUACCAGAUUGGCGACAACACGAACUUGUUCGACUGGACCUACAUUGAGAACGCCGCACACGCCCACCUCCUUGCUGCAGACCGUCUCCGGCCAUAUACGCCAGACGAGAUCGCAGGAUUGAAAGAAGACCUCAAGGUUGCGCUGCCCUACAUCGACUGCACGACCGGUGCGCGGCGCAUACCCACGUCCGAAUGUCGACCAUUAGGUCCCUACGUCACGCCGCCGCCCAAUGCAGAGCAAAUCACUGCGAACUGGAACGACCACGACUACAACGGCGCGCCGAAACCCGCUAUACGCGGCCGCUUCGACCAGUUGGCGGACUCGUCGCUCGCGCGCGAGGACAACGCGCAGCUGCAGGUCGCCGGGCAGGUGUUCUUCAUCACGAACGGCGAGCCGAUGUACUUCUGGGACGUCCCCCGGAUCGCAUGGAAAUUCUUCGACGAGCACUUCGGGACGGAGAAGACGAAGCGCAGCCUCAUCUGCCUCCCGAGGGAGGUUGGCAUGGUCCUCGCGAGCGCGGCGGAGUGGUGGGCAUGGCUGGUUGGAAAGCAGCCUGGUUUCACGCGCUUCCGGGUAACGUUCAGCUGUGUAUGGAGAUGUCACAACAUCGAAAAGGCUCGGAAGGUACUCGGAUAUGAGCCGCAAGUAGGCAUGGAGGAAGGCCUUAAGAAGACACUCGAGUGGUGGGUCGCGGACAAGCAGAAGUCUGUCAAAGCAUGA